AUGGUUUCAUCUGUGAAACACCUCCCAUACUGCAUCCCCCUCUGGCACUCUGGAGCCAAUGAGAACAGGGAGCAGUCUAAGCAAAGUGUGGUUCUCAUGCCCAUUCCCACCAACUGUUCCUCGACUGGCAAAAUUCUGUGCAACUGGGUGAGGGCGGUCAACCUUAUCAGAAUGCUGGACGUCAGAGCGUUUGGCUGCAGCGUGUGCGGGAAAGUGUUCAAGCGCUCAUCUACAUUGUCCACUCACCUGCUCAUCCAUUCUGACACUCGACCAUACGCCUGCCAGUACUGCAGCAAACGGUUCCACCAGAAGUCGGACAUGAAGAAGCACACUUUUAUACACACGGGUGAGAAGCCCCACGUGUGUCACAUAUGCGGCAAAGGCUUCAGCCAAAGCUCCAAUCUGAUCACGCACACCCGCAAGCACCAGGGUUGCGGGAACAUAAUGAAAGUCGACACAACCGGAAUACAUAAGGAAACAGCUGACCAGGAAGAGAUGCUGCCGUACGAUGGUGUGCCAGCGUCCAACAAACCGGCAGAAACAGACCAGGACCGUAUGAAUAAUUACAAAAGUCUAAUCCAGAAGGUGGGAGGACAAAAGGGAAUUGAUCCUGCCAUCAUCGCUGCCAUCAUUUCCAGAGAGUCCAGGGCUGGAAAGGCAUUGAAGGAUGGCUGGGGAUACUACAAACAAGCCUGGGGACUCAUGCAGGUUGAUAAGAGGUAUCAUACAUUACGAGGUGGAUGGGAUAGCGAGGAACACAUCACCCAAGGCACAGACAUCUUGACCGAUUUCCUCAGACAGAUCAAGAACAAAUUCCCGAGCUGGACUCCAGAGCAGCACCUCAAAGGCGGGAUCGCGGCCUACAACGCUGGUCCGCGCCGUGUGGAAACAUAUGAAGAGAUGGACAAGCAUACUAUCGGACAUGACUACUCCAAUGACGUCGUUGCCAAGGCUCAGUGGUACAAAAACAAUGGAGGGUUUUAA